UUGAAUAAUUUUUCAGUUUCUGGUUGUGGAUCUGACUUUGGUCCGUUCAAUCCACCAGACGCCUAUGUUCGCAUUGAACAUUCUUGCCCACGUCGCAAUGUGAAAAAAAUAAAGGCGAUAGAGUUGGAUCUGCUGCCAAUAUUUCUGCCUAGAGCGUACCUCAGAACUGGUCUCAAAUAUGCCUUCCUCAACUGCGGAAAGUCAUACCAAGAAGUUGAGAUAGUUCUCUUCCCGCAAAGCUGUGCUCGUAACCUGCCACUAGCUCCUCAUAAAAUCAAAUUACACUUUAGGCAAGGACUCCCUUGCCAGGUCUAGAG